AUGGAGACAAAUUCAGAUUUUGUCUCCGCCGGCGGGCUUACCAAUGUGACCGGGAAGCUCUACCCCCGUCGUCUGCGACCGUGGGUUGGCUUCGAACAGAUGCUCGAGAGAGAAUUUAGUCAUCUAGAACAGACGUUUGGACAGAAUCGGAUUUUCCCUUCUUCAACAGAGCUAAACCUGGCUGUUAGCGACAUCUCUGGUGUGAAGAUAGCUAGAGAGAAUGGUCUCGCGAAUUUUGAGAAAACCGUCGUCGUGAAUCGGGUCCGGAACAUUUUCGAGCCUUAUGCUCGCAUUGCCGCUGAAUCUUCUGGUACCUCCUCGCCACAGUCUAUGCGUGAUAUCUCAUUUGCCUACGAUCCAUUUGGCGUGGUAGCCACUGAGUCGGAUGAAGAUGACGAAGAGGAGGAAGAUGAUCGACCCGCCUACCUAGGGGCAUUGGCCAUCGCCCAGGCCGAUAUGGAAAGGGCAGCCAAGGCUGAGGCUGAGGCUGAGGCUGAGGGCCACGAUCCAUCCGGGCGUCCAAGGAAGCGCAAGUCACCUCUCCGGACUACGAUCGACAGUUCGGCGCUACGAAAGCUGCUCGGGUCAGAGACAGACGAGACUAGUAGUGAUGCAUCGAUUUCCCUUAUGGAGGAUGCCACAAGGCUGGCCCUCAGUCCUCGUGUGGUCUCGGAUGAGGAGAGGCCCAAAAUCUCGAUCGGAAUGAUCAUGACCCAGGCGUAUGAUUACAUGGUCGAAUAUGGGCUGCAAUACAGCUACCUGGCGACGGGGCCUGCCUUUAUCUUCCUUUUCCUCGACCCUGAUGAACCCACAACCGUCUACUAUCGUUUGGAAGAACCAGGCGUGUCAGCCAACUCCAACAGCCGCGACGGAAUCAAGCACUCUGCCGUGUCACUCGCAGUGGCGUUCGUUCUCAUGUCUAUAAAGGGGCAGUACAUGUCUCAGAAAUGGAAGAGGACAAUGCAAGAGACGCUACCUACUUGGCCCACCCCCUUCGACGACAUGGAAAUAGGUCCCGGGAGCGACGCAUCAGGAGAACGACGAGAUGAUACAAAUGUCUUGACAGAGACCCCCGAUCUCCACCCCGAGAGUCGCGAUGGCAAUUCAGAGUCUUGCGGGGAUCCCCAGAAAUUCGCCACGAGAUGUCGAGAAGACGAGGGCGACGACGACAAAGAUCCAGACCAGACAUUUCGUCCACCGAGUGCCAAAAGGGCAUCGGGGUCAGAAUCCAGGCCGGACAUGACGCUUGUAAGCCGUGUAACGCGGUCCUCGGCCAAGAAGUCUGCUUCCCCUGCUAUUUCUUCUAAUGACGCAGGCAACGACCGCUCGGAGGCACCAUCCGCGUGGACGAUCGACACAUUCUGCUCCGGGGUGUAUCAGUCACCCAAGCAGCCAUACUGUACACAGGCCUGCCUUUUGGGCUUGAAGACGGGCGGCUCGGUGGAUCCCGACUGUCCCAACACUCCUCUACACACAAGUGCAACACCCGCCUCCGAGGAUGGCAACGGUAGCGAGAAUAGCGAUGCAGGCAAUGACGAGAAGCGACAACGGCACCCAAUCUCUGUCCAGGAAUUCCGCAAGAAGCUUAUGGAACAGCUGGCCCGAGACAUGGACCGCGACUGCGAUAAUCUCGAACGCUAUGGCAUGUAUGGUGCCAUUGGCGCCAUAUUCAAGAUUGCCCUAAGCCGGUACGGCUACUGCUUCGUUGCCAAGGGGGUACAGAAUGCCCAUCGAAAACGACUCGAGAAAGAGCUGGCGGCCUAUAGCGUGCUCGAGUCUUGCCAGGGUCGAUUAGUGCCCGUGAACCUGGGAGUAGUCGUGCUGGUGCACGAAUACCACACCUUGUACGGCGCCCACAUAUCGCACAUGAUGCUCAUGUCAUACUGCGGCCAGUCUCUGUGGAGCCGUACACGGGACACAGGUGAGCACGAUGUGCAUCGCCGCGAGAUGGCCGAUGCUUUCCAGGAGCUGAGGUCGUUUGGACUGGAGCAUUGCGACGAGAACAGGGCCAAUUCGGCCCAGAGCGGACGCCUAGAAACCCAGAUGUCCCUAUCAUGGGGUCACCAGGGUUUUCGUAGUCCAGAAGAGUAUACCGUGUUCGUUCACCCCAGAACGGACGGCUGA